UUGUUGAUUCCGGCGGGGAGAGAGAGGGGAGAGAGUGACCGGCCGCGGGACGCGCGCCUCGGGGGCGUGUGUGUGGUGCUGUGUGCCCGGGCCCGCUGCCUUCCUCCGCCUUCUCCCUUCUCCUGUAACCGCCGCCUCCAGCCGCCGUUGCUGCCGCAGCCGCGCCCCGAGGAAGGAGCCAGAAGCCGGGGCUCGAGCUGAGAACCGUAUAGCAUGUCUUCUGUUGCUUCAUCAAAAGAAGAUACAAUGUCAUCUGAAAAAGCAGAUGAGAAGCAACCUGAAACUGAAAACAAAGCUGAGGAAAGCGAUGAAGAAGAAGAAGAGGAAGAGGAGGAGGAGGAAGAAGAAAAGGAAAAGAGUCUCAUUGUUGAAGGAAAAAGGGAGAAGAAGAAGGUUGACCGACUGACCAUGCAAGUGUCCUCGUUGCAAAAGGAACCUUUUACAAUUACACCAGGAAAAGGACAAAAACUCUGUGAAAUUGAAAGGAUACAAUUCUUUCUGAGUAAAAAGAAGACAGACGAACUUAGGAACCUGCACAAACUCCUCUACAACAGGCCAGGCACUGUUGCUUCCCUAAAGAAGAAUGUGGGUCAGUUCAGCGGGUUCCCAUUUGAAAAAGGAAGUGACCAAUACAAAAAGAAGGAAGAAAUGUUAAAAAAAUUUAGAAAUGCAAUGUUGAAAAGUAUCUGUGAAGUUCUCGACUUGGAAAGAUCCGGAGUUAAUAGUGAGCUGGUAACCAGAAUCUUAAACUUCUUAAUGCACCCAAAAUCUUCAGGCAAGCCAUUGCCAAAGUCCAAAAAAACACCAAGCAAAGGUGGCAAAAAAGAACGCAGUAGCACUGGAACAACAAGAAAAGCCAAACGCACCAAGUACCCAGAGAUCUUGUCAGAUGAAUCCAGUAGUGAAGAAGAUGAAAAGAAGGAAAAGGAUGACUCUUCAGAAGAAAAAGAAAGUGAAGAUGAGCCCCCUAGAAAAGCAUCCAAAAGAGAAAAAUCUAAGAAGACUACUUCUAAAACCAAGAAAGCUGUGAAGGGUGCAAAUGUCAAGAAGGCAGAUAGCAGCACUACUAAAAAAAAUCAGAACAGUUCUAGAAAAGAAAGUGAGUCUGAGGAUAGUUCAGAUGAUGAACCUUUAAUUAAAAAGCUGAAGAAGCCACCCACAGAUGAAGAACUUAAGGAAACUGUCAAGAACUUGUUGGCCAAUGCAAAUUUGGAGGAGGUCACGAUGAAACAAAUCUGCAAGGAGGUGUAUGAAAACUAUCCUAGUUACGAUUUAUCUGACAGGAAAGACUUCAUUAAAAAAACAGUCAAAGAGAAUACAGCAUUAAGCUACCUGCAGAGCUGUAGCUGGAGUUAAAACCCCGAGUACAAAUUAACAGAAUGGAAGCAUGUGCCUAAAAUCAAGUGCGUUCACACAAACUUUGGACUGCAGAGAUGGACGCUGAGCUCAACUUCCCAGACACUCCCGACCUGAAACACGAUGUGGUUAUGUCGUUACUAAGCUGACUGUGAAGUUUUGACCGAGGUCAGCUGAAGCAGCCAUUGAAUAGAAUGUUUUGGUCUUGUAGUAAUAAGCUCUUUCCCCACCUCCAGAAACUCGUCACCUAACAAUUUUGUCAUAUACAAUAAACUGGGAAAGAAACUUUGAA